GUAUCAUCAAUCACUCGAAACUUUUUUUAAAAAGCCCAUGAAAAAUAGCCAAACCCAAAACCGCGAAAACAAGAGCAAAAUCGAAACAGAGAAGAAAAAUUCAUCGUCGUCGUCCAUUAACAAUCAGACUGUAUAUAUAUGACAGAUCAAAUCAAUCAGAGCACAAAAACCCUAAUUUCAAAUAAAUCUUAAACACCAUGAAAUGAAACGUUUUUCUUCAUCUUGUUCGUCGACAUUUCUCGUCCUUCAUGGCUAAACAACAGCCGCUUCAGCAACCGUCAACGCCAUGGGGCACGUUAGAGGAGUUACUGCUAGCGUGCGCCGUGAACCGGCAUGGGACAGAUAGUUGGGACUCCAUAGCUAUGGAAGUAUCUAACAGAACCUCCACUCUGUCCUCCCUCACUUCACAAAACUGUAUUGACAAGUUCGAUGAUCUCAAACGACGUUUCGGUUUCCCUACGGAGCUACAAAACGACACCGCUUCUUUGUUAGUUGAUGAGCUCCGUAAACUUCGCGUCGAUGAGCUUCGUCGUGAAGUCCAUCAGCGCGACGUAUCUAUCGUGUCGCUUGAAAUGAAGGUGAAGAGAUUGGAAGAGGAUAGAGAGAAGAGCUUGAAGGAGAAGGAGAAGCCACCAGAUCUGCCGAAGCCUUCUCCGGAGACUGUCGCCGAGAAAUCUGCGACCGGUGAGGAGUGUGGUGAUGGUGAUGAGCGAUCGUUCAAUGAAUCCAAUUCGACGAGUCAACAGCCGCAGAAAGCCGAGGCGGAAGCGAAGAAAGAACGGGACGAGGAUACAGAGGUAAAACCUGAACCGGAUUCGAUUAAGGAUGAUCCAGAUCCGGCUCGGUUAGGAUCUGAACCGGAAGCUGAGCGGGAAUGGUCAUAUAACGGUAAGUUAGAAGAUGACGACGAUAAAAAACCGAAAAAGGAAAUGAAAAUUGAGAGUGUGAGUCGGGUGGGUGUACUCGGUCCUGACUCGAACGAGUUAGGUGAGUCAGUAGGGGAGUCCAAGCGGGAAGAGAAAGAGAAGGAUAUUAAACAGAUUAAUAAUAGUAAUAAUAAUAAUAAUAAUAAUAGUGACGUGCAAAGUUCAGUGAGUUUGUCGCUGAAAAAGAAGAAACGACGUCGUGGUAGUGGAGAAGGGAGUAGCAGUGGAGAGGAGGAGAGAGAGGGUGGUGAUGAUGAGGUUUCUCCCGCCACGAAAAAGUUGCCUGCCGUCAAAUCUGAACCAUGGCUCAAACUUCUUGAGAUUAUUCGCUCUCAUCAGCUCGGCUCAAUCUUUGAAAAGCGGCUUCGAAGCCAGGAAUCUGAAAGGUACAAAAAGUUGAUUCGGCAGCACAUGGAUCUCCAAAUGAUUCAAUCUAGGCUUGAUAAAGGGGUCUACUCCAAAUGCUUAAAAAAAUUGUUCAAGGAUCUCCUGAUUUUAUUGAACAAUGCAAUCGUUUUCUUCAGAAAAAACUCACCAGAAAAUCUUGCUGCGAAUGAACUUCGAGCUGUAGUUUUGAAGGAAAUGAAGGAGAAGCUUCAGAAACCGAAACCGAAGCCUGUGGCUAUCAAACCUGCAACUGAGCAAUAUUCUGCUUCAUUUUCAAAGCCGAACAAAUCUACUUCUACUAUGGUGGCCUGCAGCAAACACAGUUCCAUAAAAGCAAUAUCUGAAGGUGCUGGUAAAAAAGAUGAUAAAAAAGAUGCAGAGAUUGAAGAAAAACCUAAGGCAAAUGAAAAGAAGCUUGAAGUCUCGAUUGUGAGGAUCGAGGAGAAGGGUUUAAAGAAGAAAACAACAAAAGAGAGGUCAGUCUCGGGGCGUAGAAACUCAAGAGCAAGCAAUAAGAAUGGAGAGAUAAAGCAUCAAUAUGGUGGUAAUGAAUUAAGUUCACAUGACGCGUUGGAGAUUACGGUAGAUAGGAAAGAAAGCACAGGCAGGAAGAAGCUAGGAGCAGCAAGCUUCUUGAAAAGAAUGAAGCAAAAUUCUCCAGGUCAAGUGAUGGAGAAUGACGAUGACAACGACUCUUCCUCAUCGGAGGAUGAGAGUAAAGAUAGUAAAACGGUGGAUAAAAAGAGGAGAAGAAGGGAAGCAGAUAGGAUAACAAAGAGGGUAACAAGGAGUUCGAAAGGAAGAGGUUUGGGAGAAGAUAGUCGAAACAUAAAAAGAGGAAGGCCACCGAAAAAACAAAUGGAUUCGGGUGGUGGGACGGGGAAGAGAGGGAGAGAGGACGAUGAUUCUGAGGUCGGAGUUGGGGGUGCUGGAAGAGCGAAGAAGAGAUCAAGGAGGUGAUGGUGGUGGUUGUAUAAUGUAAAUUAUUUUGGAGAGAUUUUUGGAUUUUUGUUUGGGCAGUGUAGAGUGAGGUUCGCAUAGACAGUAGAGAAAAGGGGUGAGAUUGUGUGGAGAAGAUCAGACAGAAGGGAGGAAGUGGGAUUGUAUUUUGAAGUUACAGAAUGUUUGUAGUAUAGCCAGCCAGUGAAUAUACACAGCAUGUCUAGGGAAAACAUGAAUGAUAGGUUUUUAAUUUUUUUUUU